AUGGCGACACAAGCUUAUGGUACCGCAGAAGGUAUCUCAAAUGAAACUUCAAACUUUACGACGACAAUGAUUAUUAAUCCAGCUCCUACAGCAAAGGUACCUGUAGAUAUUGCUGGCAUUGUAGUUGGUUCCAUUAUGACCUUUUUGGGUUUUGUGGUUAUCACUGGUCUGUUGGUACUCUUGUGUGUUUCUCGAAAGAAAAAGAAAGAUGAGAUUCCAGUAAUGUCCGUGGCAGCUGAUGAGACAACAUCGACAGCAGGAACAGACAUUAAAUUGGCACAAUCACCAGCCCUUUUUUCAACAAAGCCAAAAGGUUCAAUGCAAUCCAACGUCAGUGGUAAAACACAGUAG